UCCAGCUCGGGGCGCGCCGCCCUCCGUCUGGUCUCCGCCCCCAGGACCCGCGGCCGCGAGCUCCUGAGCGCGGCUUCCCGGGCCAGCGGCGCGAUGGGCUGCGGGAACUCCACCGCUACCAGCUCGGGCGCGGGCCGAGGCCCUGCGGGAGCAGCUAAAGAUGUAGCAGAAGAAUCGAUAACAGAAGAUGACAAGAGGAGAAACUAUGGAGGAGUAUAUGUUGGCCUUCCAUCUGAAGCUGUCAGUAUGGUGUCCAAUCAAACCAAGACUGUACGAAAAAAUUAGAGGAAAAUAACAUCCCGACUCAAUAAUCAAGAGCUUGCUCAUCAACUUGGAAGGAGUUAGGCCCCAGGGACAUUUCAACGUGCACAGACAUUCCCAAGGAAAUUCUAAAGUCACCCCCUCCCCAAUCCUAAGUGAAAGAAAGCAUGGGCGCAGUUUGCAGUGUCAGCAGAGGGAUCCGUUUAGGCAGUGUGCUUUUUAUGGACUCUGUGGCUCGCCCAGGAAGACAAGGGCAGACUGUCCGGAGGCCGUUGUCCAGCCUGGACUGUUGUGCUCCAGCACUGUCACUGGCCACUCAGCAUGGCUUGUGGAUGUCAUGUCUUUUCUCUGAUACUUUUUGGAUAAUUUUUAUAUAACAAAAUCCUUAUUCUAUUUAUAACUUUAGAUAAUAAGGCAUUAUAAAUGCAUUACCUAAAGUAAAAUAUUUGGCCUCUUAUCUUUCACUAUUUCUACUUCACAUUAAUUUUUAGCUGUAAAAUUGGUAAAUGGAUUCUUACUACUAUCUCUUUCCCUUUUUUACUAUUUGGUUUUCUAAUUUGAUUUAGAUGUUAGAGAAUUUUCUUUAUUUGAAACAUUGUAUAGCAUUGCAGUAUUUAAAAAUAAACUCGUUAAAUUUGCAUGCCAAAAACACGGGUUGAUUGAAUUCCUGUUUCUUUGGUUAGAGGCUCGUGGGACCACACAUACAUCAUGGCCACCGAGUCUCUCGUUCCACCUCUGUGUGAUCAUGGCAUCUCGUCAUAGUUGUUCUAUAUGAUUUUCAAGGACGUAAGAUCGACGAUGCCUGGAUAUCUAGAAAAUUCUUAAUUUACUAAUGACGUUUGUACUUAUUAUUGCAAUAUAAAGUACUCAACUAGUGUAUUUCAACAAUUAAACAUUUUAUCCCUCU